GUUUACUGAAAUAUGAUUAUUUGCUGCGAAACUUCGACCAACCAGUGAUGUUACGCAAAUGGGAAGUGGCCAAUGCAAACCACAAAUAUGUGAUUAAACAAUUCAAAACAAUGGAAACGCACUUCAGGUUCAUCGUUGACAUUCCAUUUUGGGAAAUACAAGAGUUUCUAUCUCUAGUGCGUUCAACCAAUGCCUCUGAGCUCCUUAAUAUUCUUACUUUAGGCAGAUUCUUACAACAUGACAUCGCAGUACUACAGCUAUGUGUUCACGGAUUGGGAUGUACAGCUCGUCGAUCCGGCAGCGUUCAAAGUCGUUGAGGGAGCCAACAUAACCACCUUCUCCAUUCUGCAACCAUUGACCAACGGUGGUUAUGGAUUUGCGGCGUUGCUAGACGACAUCCGGGUGGCGGCCUUGCAAGAUGAGCGUUUCACAGGUUCCAAUGUUCCUAGGCGCAUCAGUCCGACUCAGUCGGCCUUGCUUUACGACGGAUUCAGUUUACUUGCAAUGGGAUUACUCUCCAGCUCAAGAACAGCCAACCUUUCGCGACCCACGGGGAUGUCAUGCUCUAGGGUCCAAGUGUGGACUCCUGGACUGAGUCUUAUCAAUGACAUCAAAGCGGUUAAACCGGAAAACUUCCGAGGACUCACGGGGACAUUUCAGUUCGAUGCUCAUGGUUGGCGUUCAAACAUAAACCUGCACAUAUUGGAACUCGGUAUGGAUGGUUUUAGAGAGUUUGGUCGGUGGAACAUGGACGAGGGGCUAGUGGUCACGAAGAACUUCUCAUUAGCCUUACAAGAAAUGCAGUCAGAACUAAAGGGGAAAGUGUUACGCAUUACCACGCAAGAGGAAAAGCCCUACAUGAUGUAUAAAGGGCGUAUCAAACCUGGAGGACACAAAUCCACCGAUCCAAAGGAUUGGAGAGGAUUUUGCAUUGAUCUCUUAAACGAACUAGGCAAAGAACUGAAUUUCACCUACACCAUAAAUCUUGUCGCGGAUGCCACGUACGGAAACAUGAAAAUAGUGGAUGGGGUUGAAGUGUGGGAUGGGAUGGUGCAGGAACUCAGGAAUCGGAAAGCAGAUUUGGCUGUUGGCUCAUUCACCAUCACCUACGAUCGGGAGCGAGUGAUCGAUUUCACCACCCCCUUUAUGUAUCUGGGCAUCAGCAUUAUCUACAAACGGAUAGAGGAUAAAGAAGCUCACUUGUUUUCUUUCCUUCAACCGCUUUCCGCCCCGGUGUGGGGCUAUAUUCUGGCGGCUACCAUUAUGGUCAGCUUGGUUUUGUUCAUGGUGGCUCGUUUUAGCCCUUACGAAUGGAAGGUGAAUCACCCGUGCAACGUGAAUUCCAAUGUGGUGGAGAACAAAUUUAAUGUGCUCAACAGCAUAUGGUACACCUUCGGAGCGCUCAUGCAAAAAGGAUCAGACGUUGUUCCGCACGCUACAUCCACCCGUAUCAUCGCCGGGUUCUGCUAA